AUAGGCUCCCAUCAUCUCUCCUCUCUCUCCCCUCUGAACUGCUAGUUUUUGGAGCAACCGAGCAAAUUAGCUCUACCUUACUUCCACCUCACCCCAGAAACACACGCGGCUUCUGCAUCUAUCUCUCUUUGUAGUUUGUGCGCACCUGCAGCUCGCGUCCUCUUUUCCCCCCAUAUAUUCUGUCAGGCCUUGCAGUCCAAAAUUCAGGCAAUUGGUUUUCGAGGCCAUUAAUUAUUUAUCCUCCUCCCCUUCCGUCUUCCUUUUUCUAUUGCUGGUGGGGCACCGACACUCGUUUUGCUUCGUAUCCAAGCCAGACCUUCUUCAGUUGUUGCUUCUCCCGCUUAUGCAAUUUUGCUUCCUGCUAUCUGGAGUUUUCCUGAUUGCAGCCUCUUUCAAAAAUAAGGUGGUAGACCUUUUCAGAGCUGUAGCCUUGAAUAUCUAUGCAGCCCAUGGAAUAGCCGUUAGAUCUCAAGAGGAACUCGAGGAAAUCAACAAUCAGCAUGAGCAGAAAGCUGUAUGACAAGUCCAAACCAGAAAAAAAUGCUUUGCCAUAUGCUGAUCUCCAAACUGUGGAAAACUGCUCUUUAAAAUAUUCCAGGAAUCAGCAAAAGCAAGUAUAUUUCAGUGGAGCAGGUGAAGACGAUGAGCUUGUCAAGCACAUGUCUAAUUUGCCAGGUUAUCUGGAGAGAGGGAAAAAUAUUCAUGAGAAAGUCUUAAAUGUUGGGGUCCUUGAUUGGUCCCGUCUAGAACAAUGGCAACAUAGGCAUAAACAACCCCAGAAAGGUAAUAGGGCUUCAACAUCCACCAGUAACAGCAAUACAUCCUCUUCUGUCCCAGCAGAAGGAUUCUCUGGUCAUUCCAGCACUGGUCGUAGUCGGUCUGCUUCUCGUCAAAGAUUAAGUCGCCCAUCACUUCAGUCUUACUUCAAGUCAUCUACCCUGCAAGACCACUCCCUCGGUGACAAGACCUCAGGAGAAAAUGUUGGAAGUCGUCAUAAUCUUAGAGGUAGCCUUGGUAACAUUAAUGCUCAGAGCAAAUUAGUCGGAGCAGAUGACUAUCUUUCCCCAAACCUUCAUGUUGGCAGCCUGAAAGCAUGCGGCCAAAAGGAUAUGCGUCCAAACAUUAGUACGGGGAGUGAAAUCUUGCCAAGUGACGAAAAAUGUGAGGGAGCACUGUGUGCAAAGAUUGAAAAGGGCGCUCGAGACAGUAAAUUGGAGAAAAGAAUGGAGACUUUGCAAGAGCCAAAUUUAAAAACUGUCGAGCAAGGUGUAAUUGGGAAAAGCCAAGGUGAAGAAAGGAAACAAGCAGGAGCUACAAUUUCAUCUGCAGAUGGACCUUCUCAGGGACGAGGCCGGAAAGUUAAGUCUGAAAAGUCAAGAAGCUCUUCCCCAUUUGAUCGAUUUGGCAUCAGCAUGGGUUAUAGAAACAAAGGUUCCAACUGCAAUGAGAGUUUACACGUACCACAUAAGAGCUCUAUGGCUGCUGUUAGAUCUAGUUCUGAAACUGCGAGAGUUUCUGCUAGCUCAUGCGUUUCAGGCAGAAAUAAUUCCAUUAAUGCUCGCAGAAGCAGGACAAGCCCAUUGAGGAGGUUACUGGAUCCAAUAUUGAAGCCAAAGGAAGCCAACUACCGUCACUCCCUGGAGUUAUCUCAGAAAGAUCCGGGGUUGAUGAAUAACGCUAAUGUUGCCUAUCCCCAUCUGCAGUUAGGGAAAGAUUUGGACAGGGACCGUAGGGUCAGUUGUAGCUCUAUUAAUACCUGUGAUUCUUAUAAUGAAAAGAAGCAUGUAUCUUCGACAUCUCGAGCUCUUCUAAGAAUUGCAGUGAAAAAUGGUCAACCCUUGUUUACAUUUGCAGUUGACAAUGACAACAAUGUUCUUGUAGCUAAAGUUAAGACUUUAAGUGCCUCAGGGAAAGAUGACUGUUGCUGUAUCUAUACUUUUUUUUCCUUCAAGGAAGUUAAGAAGAAGAAUGGCAAUUGGAUGAAUCAAGCGGGCAAAAGCAAAGGCCCAAAUUAUAUUCACCAAGUUGUUGCCCAAAUGAAGGUUUCCAAUUCUCACUUGUGUGAUUUAACUGGUCAGAAUUGUGUGGACUUCUCCACUGUGAAACAGUUUGUAUUGUUUUCUGUUGAACUGAAGCAGAAUGGUGAGGCCUCUGAUUAUCAGCCAAACCAUGAGCUUGCUGCCAUUGUUCUCAAAAUACCAAAAACUGUCAGUUUCAUCAACAAUUUACAUCAGGGAAGUUGCCACAAUGAUAGUCAACUUGUCCAUGCAACGGUUGUGCUUCCAAGUGGGGUUCAUAGUCUUCCGAGUAGAGGUGGACCUUCGUCCCUGAUUGAACGCUGGAAAUCAGGUGGAUCAUGUGAUUGCGGUGGGUGGGACUUGGGCUGCAAACUGAAAAUCCUUGAAAACGAAAAUGAAGCUUGUAAAAGUUCAAAACCCUCCAAAGCUUAUUUUGCAGAACAGUUUGAGCUAUUCCUCCAGGUGAAUGGACAAGACCACGUGCCUGCUUUCAGUUUGACUCCCUUAAAUCAUGGAAUAUAUUCAGUUUCUUUUGACUCGUCUCUCUCGCUCUUGCAAGCAUUCUCCAUCUGCAUCGCGUUAGUAGACAGCAAGAUGCCAUAUGAGCUUUCUGGAUCAAGAAAUUAUGUCGAAGGAAAAACUCCGAGAGAAACCCUAUCAAUGCAAAAUGAUGGGAUAAAGGUUUUGCGGAAAUUGGAGGAUAUUCCUGCAAGUUAUAUCUCGUAUCCACCGCUUUCACCGGUUGGCAGGGUCUAAAUUAGUAUGAGCGUAUAGAAGUGAAGAUGCGUCUCCGGUCUCCUUGCAAUUUUAUGCAGUAUCUGUAAUUAGGCAUGCCCACCCCGCAUGGAUCAGUAUAUUUUACUCGUGUCUGAUGCGUAGAGUUAAGUUUCUCAGAAGUCCAUUACAAGGUAGAAUUAUGAGUUGGGGGCAGCGAGAUCGAUGUACUUCUUACUUUUCCUUCCUUCCCUCCCUCUUCCUUUUUUUUUUUUGGUUGUUUUUACAGCAGAAGAAACGUUAGUAUUCAACAUGAGAAACAGUGAUUAUCAAUUAACUAAAGUGUGAAUAGUAUGGUUUUAUUGUGUAUUGACUUCUGGUCAGUUUCUGAUUUGUUUAUGUAUUGGACCAAUAAAUUUAAAAAAAAAAAAAAUCAUUUCCUGA